AUGUUCGAUGUAUCUUGGAGCGACCCGGCCAGGGAAACUGUGGGCCAGCGGAAGACACGCAAAGAGCAACAGAUCGCGAACGGGAAAAGUCGAAAUACCAGUGGUGUCUCGAGAGUAUCGUCAGUGCGGAGUUCCAAUUCAUCGGGAUCGAAGGGAGCCCAAAAGCCAUCUUUGCUGAACUUUUUCGGAGCCGGCAGAAAUGAAGGCGGGAGUCGGCUGGGAUUCCGUCCCAAGACCCCAUCUACAACGAACAACUCUAUUCAUUCAUCUCAGAGAUUCUCAACCAUAACCACAGAUUCAAUCUUUUCGGGGUCAGAAUUGCCCGGGAUCUCGACUAGCAUUCCUCAGACGGUAUAUUUCGCUGGCAGCCCCCCAUACUUCUCCGACACAGAGCUCUCAGCACGCGCAGAUGUUUCUGAGUCUGUUUUCUCGGGAUGGACUGAGAAAUCAGUCACAACAGACUCGAGCUAUGGAUCUAUCUCGGAAUCCAUGACCUGCGCGAGAAAGACUGUUCAGCCUCCAAACGAAAGUUCUUUCGUCACACAGAGCACCGAGGCCAUGAUCUCCUCAAGUAAAGACACUGAGGCUACAGAAGAUACGGUAAACAUUGUCCACGUCUCGGCGUCCAAUGUCGUUCCAAGUGAAGUGCAAGCCUUAUCUGGCGAAGGACCUACUUCAUCUACUACCUUUGCAUUUCCAAUGCCGAAGUGCAUGACACCCGAGACGUCGCCAAAGCCUAUUUCGAGGAAAGAGCGCGCGCUUCCGCUCAGCCCGUCACCAUUCCUGAAGAAGAACAAGCCAUCGUACACCUGGAAGCCGCCGGAGAGCUGGGUUUCUAACGAGGCAACACCCACCAGCUCCCCAACAAGAUCCUUCUCGGCUCCACUGCGGCCAAUACAGGAACGGCGCCACAGAGCCCCGCCGACAGAGGUUGCGAAUAUCCGGAAGAGCAUCCGUCGCAUGGAAGCUGCGAGUCCGAAGAUUGUGCUCGAGCGGUUGAAGGAGGAGUGGACCCAGGUCGCGGAUGCGUCGGUGUAUCGCGAGCUGGAGCUGGAGAAGCAGCUCUGGAUGUUGACUGCGUUGAGAAGUCUCAAGAGAAAAAAUAGUCUCCAGGAGAUCAUGGAGGCGCAAGCCUCCGAGCCGACGAAGAUCCUCUCUCUAUAUGAGAACCAUGCUUCUUCGUCGUCACUGGCAGCCUUAACCAUCGCGACUGAAGUCCACCACCUCUCAACAAGCCCCUUGUCCUCAAAGACUUACCCGAAUAUCCACCCCACCGCAGUCCCCGAACCCAUCUCACAACUCCCCUACCCCUCCAACACCUUCUCGCACAUCCACGCAUUCCCCAUCGCCUCCCUCCUCCCAGCAUCCUCCAUCCCAGACAUGCUCAAGGAAUGCCACCGCACACUCACCCUCGCACCCAACCCCAUCCCUUCCACCCCCGCAUCACCAUCAUCUCCCGACUCCUCACCCCCCAGCCCGCGAACGAUCCCUAGCGCCCUGCCCAAGUCCCCCAGGAGAGGCGGCACCCUGCACCUCACGCUCCUCGACCCCUCGCCCCUGGCCAGUACCCUCGGCCCCCGCCUCCGCGCCUGGCUCGACACGCACCUCCUGCUGCACCUCGAGCGGCAGUUCCGCUGCCUGCACCCGUCGCGGCUCUUCCCCGUCUGGCUCUCCGACGCGCGCCUGCGCGCCGAGGGCAGCACCAUCAUCCACGUGCGCUUCUUCGCGUCCGUGGGGCGCCGUGGUGCUGGUGCUGCUGGUGGUGGUGAUGCGGACGCCGAGAGCACGAAGCUGGAGCUGAAAACCGUGGUCGGGCGCAUGCUGUGGAAGGAGAUGUGGGGUGGCUACGUGCAGGGGCAGCGCUGGUGGUGGGAGGAUGAGCGGAUCGUCGAGGAGUGCGACGCCUUGGGCACGUGUUGGGAGUAUGCUCUCGUUGAAGCGGUGAAGGAAUUGGAGGGCUAG